AUGGAUAAUGAAAUGAAAUCUUUGCAAGAUAUAGUCUGUUCACUGCUGCCUGACAAAAAUCCAGCAUUUGUCUUUAAAGACUUGAACAUAGUAGAAACAUUGCAGGAGUUUUGGGAGAAGAAGAGAAAGCAAGGAGCUAUCUUUAAGAAUGGAAGCCUUGUGGUGUAUGAAUCAGUGCCAUCUCCUCUUGCCCCAUAUGUAUGUUAUGUGACUCUACCAGGAGGCAGUUGCUUUGGCAGCUUCCAGUACUGUUCAACUAAGGCAGAAGCCAGACGAGAUGCAGCCAGAGUAGCCCUCGUGAACUCUGUCUUCAAUGAACAGCCAUCACGUAUAAUCACAAUGGAAUUUAUCAGAAACAGCAUAGAAGAAGCAGUCACUUCAGUCAGUGGUAGCACAAAUGAUGCAGAUGAUCCUACCACAAGCAUUGGGGCUUAUCACUAUAUGCUGGAGGCAAAUAAAGGCAAAACAAUGUUGGAGUUUCAGGAAUUGAUGACAGUCUUUCAGUUGUUACAUUGGAAUGGAAGCUUGAAAGUUCUGAGAGAAAGAAAGUGUUCCCGUCAGGAUGUCAUUUCCUAUUAUUCUAAACAAUCUUUGGAUGACUGUAUGAGAAGUCAGAUGGCGCUUGAUUGGAUUUUGAAGGAGAAGAAGAUAUCCGGAAUUAUCGCUCAGGAGCUCCAAUCGUCCCUAAAAGACCUAGAGAAGGCCAGGGAAACUGGCCGUGAGUUGCGUUUCUACAAAGAAAAGAAAGAAAUUCUGACGCUUGCUCUCAGUCAGAUUGGGUCAGGAUCUGACAAUGGUCAAAUGCAUGAACAGAACAGGGAGUACUCUGAUACAUAUGUUGCUCAGGUUAAAAAAAAACGAAUGUCACCAAUUAUUGGUGAAAAGCCAUGGAACCUUUGCUUGCACACCACUGAGAAGUGGCUUCAGAAGACUUUGACGGGCCACAUGAGUUACUUCAUCCCAAGAAUUGCUAUUUUCACCAAUGUUAAAAGUACUGGGUUCCUGCUCAGCAAUGGAUUCCUGGUUAUCAGUAGCUCUCUGGUAUCUUGCUCAAUUGGCCAUUCUUCACAGGGCUUUCUUCACAAUGUGAAAGUUUUUAUCAUAGUGAUCAUACCAGAUGAUGAAAAUAUCAGUACCAUUUACCAGGAACUUGAGCACUGCUCGGAGGCCCUGGACAAAACUGAAAAAUAUGGGCUUUCCUGCCAACUGCCAGACAUAGAUGGUGAUCAGUUCCAUGGCAUAGGAAGAAGGGAGCCUCCGGAAUCUAUAAAAGAAUAUUAA